UGUUCCAGCCGUGUGCAACACUUUUUAGUGUCCCCUGGGGAAAAAAAACUUUUUAUAGAUAUUGUGCAUGUGACAUCAAAUUGAUGAUUUGGUUUCUGUGUCGUCAAGUUGGUGCGGAUGUUUUCUUCAUGCUGCGCAUGUGUUGGGUUGUCUGUGGCUCGGGGGGGGGGAGCGGGUAUCUCCCCUGGGUGCUCGACAGCCGCCCACUGCUCCUCAGUGCUUAGAGUUCAGAUCUCAUGUGGAAAUAGAAAUUCAGUUUACGUUUCAAGAAUGGUGAAGAUGUUUUUUUUAAAUUCACCUGUUGAGUCUCUUUGCAUGUGCCACCGUAUAAUAACGAUGAUGAAAUUCAUCUUUUAUAGCCAGGUGAAGGCUUAAUAGACUUCCUGGUUGUUCAUUUUGCUCUGAUUUGACACAUUUUAUGGCGGAAGGGAAAUAUUGACCUUUGACACCUUGCUGCUGUCGCUUGCACCUCACCAGAGGGGGCACCCAGUGUAAUAGAGGUGAGCAAUUACUAAUGGGCUGCAGUGAGAUCAUAAACUGCACCGGUUUAUAUUUAGAGUAGUCGUUAUGACCGGGGUCAGUAUGACCGGGGUCGGCCUUUUCCACCAACUCGUUAUCAAUCUUGGAGAUUUAUUAUUUCAAUUUCCACGGCCGCAAGAAAGAGUUGGGUUGCAACUUUUUUCGAUGUCGUUAUCUGUGGAGUUGUUUUUAUCGUGAGUCCCUCUGGCCCUAUUUAUAGGCUGACCUUAACAACUGGGAGUCUUUGGCUGGGUCCAAUAAAAGAAAUUGGCAACUCAAGGUGGACUCAUAUCGAGUUGUUGGGACAUUUUUGUGAGAUUCCGAGUUCUCGGCUCCGGCCGGCGUUGUUGUGCUGUCCAACGGCAUCAGCUGCUUCCCCGUGCAACGGGAUAUGAACGAGAAAUUGUUGACGGGAGGUUCUGUUACGUGGUCGUUUUACGGUUAUACUCAAUUCAACACAUGUUGUCAGCGACACCUUCAUGAAGUGCAGAUGAAGUUGUUGUUGUCAGAGGUUGGACAUUUACCUUUUUAUAUUUAUGAGUCAUUUUUUAUUUAGACACUAACUCUUUUUUUUCGAGUAUGACAAAUAUCUUGCUAUUACUGAAAUUAUCAGCCAAUGAACUUAAACUAGGCUGGUCACAAUAGUUAUUAUAUUCCACAUUUUAUGGAGCCUUACGUAACAUUGCCCGUUGUGUUCGUAUACAAAAGAAUGUCAACGAUAUUUCAGAAAAAAUAUUUAAAAAUAACAGCAAAUGUGUGUUAAUCGUCCUGUUUAAAUUUUUUUUAAAUGAAUGUUAUACAUUUUUAUUAAUUUGAUCAAUGUUAUUCAUUUUUAAUUUAUUUAAUUUAUUUCAUCUAUUUUAUUUGUAUUUUUAGGAAUUAAAAGUGAAUUGCUUUAACAAAGGUAUACUUGCAUAAUUAUACCCUCAUAUUAUCGAUGUAUCAGUGGUAUGCAACACCACUAAUCCUGAUGGGCCUCAUCCUCUUUAAAUAACCAAUGUUUCUCAUGUUUUAUGCAUUUAAAUCAAUCAGUUCACACUUUUCUCACAGGCUGAUUUGCCUCCACAGCAUCUCUUUCACCUUUUCAACAUUGUUGCUGCAGAUUUCAAAUGUCGCUGCACAAACCAAUACGGGUCCAUUGUUUAUGGAAUACAUGCUCAGUGAGGAAAGAGUCGCUUGUAGCAUAAUUAUUACCACAGAGCUUUGUCCCUUCAUUGUUUUGUAUUUGCAGCACACACUUUCUUUUCUGGUUCUUGUUGCACUGCCCCCUAGUGGCCACACAUGUCUUAAUGCAAGUUGAAUAAAAGCACUGAGAUACAGAUUUAUAUUUAGAAGCCUUAGAUGUUUACAAAAGAAACUUAAGUCCAGAUCCUGUAGCUCCAAACGGUUGAAGAUAAGAAUGAACAAUGAACAGAUAAUUAUUAUUGACCUGAUUUCAAACCAAUUCAAGCGGAACAAAAGCAGCGCCGUGCUGCGAGUCACGCAUCGUUAUUCACAGGUACAGGAGCAGUUGUGUAUUCUCAUGCAGAACCUGGCGAGUCGCCUUCCUUCAGAAGAAUCUGAUAACGCCGCUCGGCACGAUAAUUAUCACAAAUCAAAGUCAAAGUCAAAGUCAGUUUUAUUUGUCAAUUUUCCAUAUGUGCAAACAUACAGAAGAUCGAAAUUGCGUUUCUCUUCUGUCCAACAUAAAGUGAAUUGUGCAACAUAUAGACAACAUAGAGUGCAAAAAUAGUAAAAAACUUGUGAACAUAUAGACAACAUAAAGUGCAUAGACAACAUAAAGUGCAAAAAUAGUAAGAAACAUGUAAACAUAUAGACAACUUAAAUUGUGCUAGCAGCAUUCAGACAUGCGAGUCUGAAAGAGGACGGAGUGGGAGGAUGGGGAGAGAGUUCAGCUUCCUGACAGCCUGGUGGAUGAAGCUGUUGGACAGCCUGGUGGUGUGAGCCCGGAGGCUCCGGUAUCUCCUCCCAGAGGGCAGGAGGCUGAAGAGACCGUGUGAGGGGUGGCAGGGGUCACUCACAAUCGAGGUCGCUUUGCGGGUGAGGCGGGUGUUGUAUAUGUCCUGCAGGGAUGGGAGGGGGGGGAGUGAGGCACCCAUGAUCCUUCCAGCUGCCUUCACUAUGCGCUGCAGGGCGUUCCUGCUGUGGUCUGUGCAGCUUCCGCCCCACACAGUGAUGCAGUUGGUCAGGAUGCUCUCGAUGGUGCCGCGGUAGAAGGUGCACAUGAUGGAUGGGGGGCUCCCUGCUUUCUUCAGUUUCCGGAGGAAGUAGAGGCGCCUCUGUGCUUUCUUUGCCAGCGAUGUAGUGUUUGCUGUCCACGAGAGGUCCUCACUGAUUUCCACCCCCAGGAAUUUGGUGCUGCUGACCUGCUCAAUGUCCACACCGUUGAUGGUCAGUGGUGGGUGAUGGGUGUGGCCUUUCCGGAAGUCAACAACGAUCUCUUUGGUCUUGCUGUUGUUGAGCAGGAGGUUGUUGGCUCCGCACCACGUGGUCAGAAGGUUGACCUCCCUCCUGUAGAGGGUCUCGUCGUAAUCACACUUCCCUCUGGCACAUGCAGGACGAACUUAAAAGCUUAGCUUUCGUUACCCGUGUUUAAUCAACCGCCGGUAGCCAAAGCUGACGUUGUUUUUGUUUAUGGAAAAGUGUCACGUGAUGAACAAAAAGUUUUUCAAACUAAAACAGAAUUAUUCUUUUUAAACCUCUGUUUUAAGGACACGGAAGCACUAAUGUGGAUGCUAGGCGUAAAUGUAUCAAACGUUUUUUAAAUGAAAAGGUAUUGAUGUGGAUGCAGGGUUUGUACGGUCAUGGAAAACCUGGAAAAGUCAUGGAAUUUUAAAAUGGUCAUUUCCAGGCCUGGAGAAGUCAUGGAAAAAACUUAAAUCAUAAAAGUUUUGGGAAAAUCAUGGAAAUUUGUUAAAAUCACAUGUUCAUUUACACCGAGUUUGAAAUAAUUAAUAUAUUUUUUUAAAGAAAGACGCUCAAAAUAUAAGCCAGCGAUAGCUCUCAAUACGCAACAUUUUCUACAGUUUUCAUGUUUAUACUGAGAUUUUCGUUUGGUCAUGGAAAUUUGGUUUAAAGUCAUGGAAAAGUCCUGGAAAUCCAUUGGUCAAAAUGUGUAAGAACCCUGUGGAUGUCGCCUCAAGGUGAGUGUCGAUGUGUGAAGGCCUCUGUAUGAGGAGCGAGGCUGAUUUCAGGACAGAGUGGAGACUGUUUGCUCGUCGCCUCUGAUCGUACAUCCUGGUACGUUUUCUCAAGUUGUCGCAAUAUGCCCGCGACUUUUACAAAGAAGGUGCUGACAGGAGGUUCAAGGGUCAGAUGUUUCCGUUUCUUCCUUUUUUAAAAGCUCUGAUUCAAACAAUUUCGUUUCUCCUGAUUGAACUCACAAUGCAUGAUGGAAAAACGUAUCUGAGUAAAACAAACUGAGUGAAACUGUCUGAAAGUGACCGGACACCGUACGGGGCCACAUUGUGUAGCCGAAGUUUGCAGCUGAGUCUCGAGCGGCUUUGCUCGAGAUGCAUCUUCUUCUGCUUCCGGUUGCUGCCCCUCCCCCACUGGUUCGCUGGUUCAUGCCGUGUUCGGUGUCGUCUGCAAACAUGAUCAAAGUGAUAAAGAAUUCAUUGGCGUACCGGAUGAGUGAGUGAAGGUGUGAAGGAGUGAAGGAGUGAAGGAGUGAAGGAGUGAAGGAGUGAAGGAGUGAGGGAGGGAGUGAGGGAGUGAGGUAGGGAGUGCAGCAGCAACCGAGUGUUUGACUGACUCAGUACACACACUCCACAUUUUGCUAGGCAGCACUUUCGACAGUCAUGAUUCAUUGACAUCCGUCAUUGGUUAAUGUUUUAUUUUCUCCUCGCGAUGUUGAUGGAGCUUUCUGCAACGAUACAUGGGGAUGAAAUGCAUCAUGGGUGUUUUUUGUAAAAAAUUUUUUUUUACAAAUGAUACGCAGCAGCUUUUGAAUCCCCGCAGGGGCGAGGACCCUCUGCCGCGUCAUCGUGCUCCACGACUCCGGGGUUCAGUCUCUGAAGCUCGGCUCAUUCUCCCACUCGCCCGUCGGCUUUUUAAAUGUUACAAACGAACGCCACCGCAGGGAUGCAUGUUUUAGCUCUUCUCUAUACAUUUAUUCCCCCCCGAUUCUAUUGUACAACAAGGACCUGUAGCCAGGUGCGAGUGUGUUCCGUCUCACUGUGCACUUGACUGACGUGGAGUGACAGGUGGUGGUGCAUUAUGUUUUUCUUUUAGAAGAUGACAUCAUCCCCGUUGCACCGUGUUUAGCGUCCUGACGAGGUGACUGCGCCUCAAGGAGGGGGAAGACGAUAUGCAGAUUGAAUUUAUUGCUUUCAUUUCUGCUACGUAGCAAGUCACCAGCUGGUGGAGGUGGAAAAAAAGGGGGGGGGGGUAUAUGUGCAUGGGUUUUUUGAGGGAGCUGGUUUUAGAGGAGGGAAUUGUCUUGCCUCCGUGCCCUUCGCAGGCUACUCAGGAUCUUAUUUGACAGCUUCAAGGUGGGAACUAGAAAGACCAAAACCGUAGCCCCCUUUUCCUGUGCUUUCUUUUUUCUUUUUACCCCCUCCCUUUCUGUGGGGGGAGAGGAAAACCAAUCCGUCUCGUCGCACGGCGGUGGCUGCGUUUGGCUCUUUGUCAGUGCGGGAGGGCGGGAGGCAGGCAGGCAGACGGGCAGACGGGCAGAGUGAAUGCACGAUCAUGACCACAAUAGAGCCAACGAGCACAGUUCAACCAUGAAAGCCCAGCGGGAGAGGCUGAGAAUUCCGGGGCUGACGCUAGACCUGACUCCCCGAAGCUUGAGCCCCACUCCCACUAGCCCCUGCAGUCCUUGCAGCCCGCUGCACGCGUUUCAUUUUUGGAGCUGCAGGACGAGCAACAGAAAAAGCCUGAUCGGCAGCGGUCAGUCUUCAGGCUUACCGCGACCUCACUCCCCCCUCUCAUCUCUCACGGGAACGAGCCCUCAAGACAGUCCUAGAAACUUCUCUCCGGGCGCCUCUGCUCAUUUCUCUUUUGCACGAAGGACUGACGGUCGCCGCUGGUCGCUGGCCUCCCUUCCCUCCUCCGGAUAUGGAACCAACACGCCCAGCUCCACCGUCUCUUCAUCCUGUUCAUCACAGGAGAAGCUGCACCAGCUGCCCUUCCAGCCCACGCCCGACGAACUGCACUUCCUCUCCAAGCACUUCUGCACUGAGAGCAUCUCCGGGGAGGAGUGCCGCCGAGCGACGGCCAUGCGACCCCGCUCGCGCAGCCUCAGCCCUGGGAGAUCUCCAUUAUGUUACGACCAUGAGAUUAUCAUGAUGAACCACGUCUACAAGGAGCGGUUUCCCAAGGCCACGGCUCAGAUGGAGGAAAGGAUUCAGGACAUCAUCCGGAGCAACUCUCCAGAGAGCGUCCUCCCGUUGGCAGAUGGCGUGCUCGGCUUUGCCCACCACCAGAUAAUCGAGCUGGCCCGGGACUGUCUGGAGAAGAGCCGGCUGGGACUCGUCACCUCCAGCUACUUCUGCGAGCUCACCGAUAAGCUGGAGAGGCUCGUUCAAGAGUCCACAGAGCGCUCCGAAAGCGAGGAGGUCAACGUCAUCAGAUUGCUGGUGAAGAAGAUCCUCAUCAUCAUAGCCCGCCCCGCUCGACUGCUGGAAUGUCUGGAGUUUGACCCUGAGGAAUUUUACCACCUGUUGGAGGCGGCUGAAGGACACGCUAAAGAGGGCCAGGGCAUCAAAACGGACAUCCCUCGUUACAUCAUCAGCCAGCUGGGGCUCACCAGGGAUCCGCUGGAAGAAAUCGCUCAGAUGACCAGCUGCGACAGCGGCAUCGCAGAAACACCAGAAACGGACGACUCAUCUCAGAGCCUCAGCGCAGCGCUGCGGUCCCGGCGUAAACCCUGUGAAUUGGACUUUGAGAUGAUAAAACUCAUCAGCAAUGGUGCCUAUGGAGCCGUGUAUCUGGUGCGUCACAAGGAAAUGAAGCUACGCUUUGCCAUGAAAAAGAUCAACAAGCAGAACCUGAUUUUGAGGAACCAGAUCCAGCAGGCCUUCGUGGAGAGAGACAUCCUCACCUUUGCCGAGAACCCUUUCGUGGUGUCCAUGUACUGCUCGUUUGAGACCCGGCGGCACCUGUGCAUGGUCAUGGAGUAUGUUGAAGGUGGAGACUGCGCCACCCUUUUGAAGAACAUGGGUCCCCUGCCCUUGGAUAUGGCCAGGAUGUACUUCGCAGAGACGGUGCUGGCUCUGGAGUAUCUCCACAACUACGGCAUCGUCCACCGGGACCUCAAACCAGACAAUUUGCUGGUCACGUCAAUGGGACACAUCAAGCUGACAGAUUUCGGGUUGUCCAAAGUCGGGCUGAUGAACAUGACCACCAACCUGUACGAGGGACACAUAGAGAAAGACGCCAGGGAGUUCUCUGAUAAGCAGGUGUGUGGAACCCCGGAGUACAUCGCGCCCGAGGUGAUCCUGAGGCAAGGCUACGGGAAACCGGUGGACUGGUGGGCGAUGGGCAUCAUCCUCUACGAGUUCCUCGUGGGCUGCGUGCCUUUCUUCGGAGACACACCGGAGGAGCUGUUCGGACAGGUCAUCAGUGACGAGAUCAACUGGCCCGAUGGAGAGGAGGCCCCGCCUCCUGAUUCUCAAGAGCUCAUCGCCUUGCUCCUCCGACAGAAUCCUCUGGAAAGGAUGGGCGCAGGAGGAGCCGGCGAAGUGAAGCAGCAUCAGUUUUUCCACAACCUGGACUGGAACAGCCUGUUGAGGCAGAAGGCCGAGUUCAUCCCUCAGCUGGAGUCCGAAGACGACACCAGCUACUUCGACACUCGCUCUGAGCGAUACCAUCACCUGGAGACCGAGGAGGAGGACACGAACGACGAGGACUUCAACGUGGAGCUGCGGCAGUUCAACUCUUGUUCUCACAGAUUCUCCAAGGUGUACAGCAGCCUGGAUUUGUCCCGUGGGCACCUGGAGGAGAAGGGAGAGACUGAGGGGAAGAAGAGCGAGAGCCCGCUGACGGUGGACUCGCUCAGCUGGACGCCGGACUUUGCUGAAAUGCCCUCUCUGUCCCACUCGUCAGACUCCGAUAGAGCUAACCAAGGCCAGCGCUCCAACUUGUUGCCAAAGUUUGCCAUCUCGGCAGAGAGCGAAGGAGACGAGACCUCCGGCCUCGGUACCCCCAGCAAGACCUCCUUCUCCACAGGGGAGCUCCUGCUGGACGAGCCCGACGCUACGACUCCAGGCAGCACGCACAGCGGAGCCACGCUCUCUGGAAGUUUCUCAGAACAUCUGGACCAGUUGACACCCAGAGGUGACGAGGUGCAGAGCCCCGACAGCACCGGUCUCACCUCCGCAGACCGGAGCGCCCAGACCAACUCCCUGAGGCCGGAGAGCGCUGCAGAGAAGACCGGCGCCGUGGCGCUGAAAGUCCAAAAGUCUGUCUCCACCGGUGCCCUUUCCCUCACGAUCCCCACGGAUGUGUUCGGGGCGUCUCCGCUGGCCAGCCCUCUCUCCCCGCACUCCCUCUCCUCGGACCCGUCCUCGAGAGACUCCUCUCCGAGCCGAGACUCCUCCCUCUGCAACGCCGCCCCGCGGCAGCCCGUCGUCAUCCACAGCUCGGGGAAGAAGUUCGGCUUCACGCUGAGGGCCAUCCGGGUGUACGCGUGUGACGGCGACAUCUACACGGUCUACCACAUGGUCUGGAAUGUAGAAGACGGGGGGCCGGCACACAACGCAGGACUCAACGCCGGAGACCUCAUCACUCACGUGAACGGAGAAUCCGUCCACGGUCUCGUCCACACUGAGGUGGUGGAGCUCCUGAUCAAGAGUGGCAGUAAGGUGGCCAUCUCCACAACCCCGUUUGAAAAUACCUCGAUAAAAACCGGCCCGGCCCGGAGGAACAGCUACCGGAGCAAGAUGGUGAGAUGUGGCAAGAAGCCCAAGAAGGAGAAGACUCCAGAAAGGCGCCGCUCCCUUUUCCGACGUUUCGCCAUGCAGCCGUCGCCUCUCCUGCACACCAGCCGCAGUUUCUCCUCCCUCAACCAGUCUCUGUCAUCCGGUGGCAACUCGUCCCAGAGUAGCUCCCCCAGCUCCAGCGCCCCAAACUCCCCCGCCGGCUCCGGUCACAUACGUCCCAGCACCCUCCACGGCCUCGGGCCCAAACUGCCGGGCCAACGCCUCCGACAGGGGCGCCGCAAGUCCGCCGGCAGCAUUCCCCUCUCUCCGUUGGCUCGCACGCCCUCGCCCACCCCCCAGCCCACGUCUCCUCAGCGCUCCCCCUCCCCCCUUCUCGGCGGGCAUCCCGUUGCCAUCUCCAAGACGAGCCAAGCCUUCCCGGCCAAGAUCCAUUCCCCGCCCACGAUCGUCCGCCAAAUCGUGCGCCCCAAAAGCGCCGAGCCUCCCCGCUCGCCCCUUCUAAAACGCGUGCAGUCCGAGGAGAAGCUGUCCCCCUCGUACGCGGGGGAUAAGAAGCACCUGUGUGCCAGGAAGCACAGCCUGGAGGUGACCCAAGAGGAGGUGCAGGACGAGGAGCUGAGGCCCGGCGAGCGCGACUACGCCGUCUUGCAAAGUGUGGAGGAAACCGCCUGCGAGUCGCUGGCCUUCAGCCGCGUCCGCCCCGUCGAGCAGGGCUGCCUGAAGAGGCCCGUCGGCCGCAAGACGGGCCGCCAGGACUCCGCCGAGGAGCUGGAGAGGGAGAAGCUGAAGUCCAAGAUGGUGGCAAAGAGGCAGGACUGGUCCGAGAGGAGGGAGUCGCUGCAGAAGCAAGACGCCCUGCGGGAAGCCGACUCGCCGUCGCCCUCGUGUGGCGACGACGGUUUUCUCUCCGGCCCCCCGGAGGCCAAAGCUGCGAGCGCGACCCUUAAAGACGUGCUGUACAAGAAGCUCAGCGCGCGGGCCUCCGAGGGCAUCGGCGAAACACCCGGCGGCUGCUGUGAAAGUGACGGAGGCCUCCGGGCGACUCUCUGCUGGCCGGGGAAGGACAACGUGAAGCCCGACCGACUGGACUUCAAGGCCCCCAACAUGGAGUUCACCAGGAAGAGGCUGUCGUUCGAGGAGCGAGAAGACUGCAUGUGCCGCUUGUCCCCCGGCGUCCACGAGAACCUGCACUUCGGCUCCACCCGGUCCAAGAGCCUCCAGCUGGACGCGGCCCUGUGCCACGAGCACAUGAAGGCGGGGCCGGGAGGCGUCCACUCCGGCCCCGAGGGUCUGUCCCCGAAGCUUUUCUGUGGCAGGGGGGAGAGCGCGGUGGAGAAGCUCCAGCUCAUCUCCUCCGCGGAGUCUCCGCUCCGCAAGACGUCGUCCGAAUAUAAACUCGAGGGACGCCACGUCUCCUCGCUCAAACCCCUGGAGGGCACUCUGGACAUCGGGCUGCUCUCGGGGCCCCGAGUUUCCAAAACGGAAAGCUGCUUGUCCAAGACGGCGGAGAACGCGAGCGACGGCGUUUCUUUAAACCCUCCAAUUUGGCUCCAGACUCCCGCUGAGAGGCAGAUGACCGUCCCCCACGUGAAAACCGCAGACGAGCCGAAGAGCCCCCUGACCUGUUCCACAAGCCCCGAGGCGGUCUCUCCUCUAAACGGCAUCGUCGGCUCCAAAGAGCGGUCGGACGACGCGGCCGCGGAGAUGAGAAUGAGCCCGAGCGGCGAGAAAACACAAGACGGACGCGGCGAACCGCUGAAGGCUCAAACCGUCAAAGCGGAGGCGUCGAGCUUCGCGGGUAAACAAGAGAGCCGGGCGGCUCACGAGCACAGAGGCCCUCGGCACAGCUCCCACUUCCCCUGUGGGAAAACACCCUCCAUACGGGAAGUGAGCAACGAGGAUCAGGAGGACGACGCGGAGCAGGAGGAAGUCACGGGUUCGGAGGCCGCGGCUGCCAGAGCACCGCGAGGGGCAUCGCCGGAGCGGAGCGCAAACGGCGGUCUGGAGAGAGUCCAGCGGCCGAGCUCGAGCGCCGCGACCCCGGCGUCCGAGGCGAGCGCACAGAGCCGCUCUUUGUCCGCGCCGGUUCCGGAGAACGUGCUCUCGGCGCGGCAGCUGUUGAACAUCUGCUCCUCGAAUGCGGAUAGAAGCUGCGGUUUGAAACGGGACGGCGGGGACUGCGCCCGGAGGUCUGUCGGUGAGGAACCGGCCGACGGAGGAGCGGCGGGCAAAGUGUGUGUGGCGGUCACACGGGUGGAGGCAAACCCGAGGGUGGAGCAGAGGAGAGACGUCUCCAAAGUAAACGCGGUCGCCUCGUUGAGUCAUGUGACCCAGAACUGGAAUAGAAAGAGCGACGCCGUCGCCGCAGGAGAGAGGGAGGGACCCGCGUCGCCGAAGGCGAAGAGCGGAGUCGACCGGAAGGAUUCAGAGCCGGUGAAAACGUGUCCGGCUGAAGAAGCACAAGACAAACCGCCUGAUGGGGACGAGGCCGCGAGCGCACAACGCAAGUGUUCGUCCCCGGCGGCCGCGAGCGAAAAUGUUCCGGUGGCCAAAAGCAAGCGGAGGCCCGAGCCGCCGCCGCCCGGACCGCCCGGCGCCGUGAAGACGGAGGCCAAAGGCCCGGAAGGGAAAGCUCCCGGCGCGGCUCCGAAGGGGAGUCCCAAUCCACAGCAGAGAGAUCCGCCGACGGAACCCGCGCUCUGGACGUCCAACGUUCAGACGACCCCCGACCCCAGGUGGAACGACGGCCCGUCGCCUUCCAAGCGGGAGGAACCGGUCCAGCCGGCUCGUUCUCCGACCGCGGCCGAUACCAAGCGGAGAGAAACUCCGCCCAGAAGCUGCGGCGCGGCGGUGAAAGAAAACGACUGCGGGCCCAAACCUCUCUCUCCUAAAUCGUCGGCUCUGAGGUCGGCCGCCGCUCCGUCGCCGGUCCUCAAGCAAGAGGCCAAUCACAAAGACCCGGCGCCCAGAGGCCGGGCGCCGGCCUCGAGGAGCCAUCAAGGCUCCAGACCAAAAGAAGUCGCCGCGCCUCACCAGCUGCCAUCGGGCGUCUCCUCGCCGCCCGGCACGCCGCCGCCGGUGCUGCCGAAACCCGCGGCCAAAAGGGAACCGGCGAGCGGCGAGGCCGCCCCGGGCCGGAUGUCCGGCGCCGCGGCGCGGGAGAGUUCAGUCAAGGCGUCUUCCAGGGAAGGCGUCCGAGCCGAUGGCCGGACGCCCGACAAGCAGGCGGCGUGCGGCAAGAGGGAGCCGGCCGACAGGAAGAAGAAGGAGAGCGCCCCCGAGGUCACGGCGGCACAGAGAAGCGCUAAGAGGGACGCCGCGGCCAGAGCGCCCGCCGCCGACAGGAAGAAGGAGGCGCCCCGAAGCUCCGGCAACAAGAAGUAAAGAGGAGAAGAGGAGAAGAGAACCCACACGUGGGAUGAGAAAACCAUUUGUGCAAACAUCAUCAUCAUGUGCGUGUUUGUUUGUGUGUGUGUGUGUGUGUGCGUAGGUGUGUGUGUGUGUGUGUGUGUGGUCACAUUCAUAUGAAAGCACAUUUCAGUUUACUUUUCACAUCAGGUUGAAUGUUUGGACUUUUUUGGUUUCUGCUUUGUGCAAUCAGUGUGUCGGGGGGAGGAGCCUCACAGAGGUGUGUGUGUGUGUGUGUGUGUG